AUGGCAUCUGAUACGAGUUUGUUUGUCAAGACAGAUGGCGCAGAUAUGAUAAUCCUAUUACUUUAUAUGGAUGACAUCAUUCUCACAUGGUCAAAUUCUUCAAAGGUUCAAGAAGUUAUUCAAGAAUUGUCUGUUGUGUUUGAGCUCAAAGAUAUGGGCAAACUGACUUAUUUCUUGGGAUUGCAAGUUGACUACAAAACCAAUGGAGACAUAUUUCUAAAUCAGUCUAAAUACAUUAAAGAUUUGAUUCACAAGGCAGGAAUGGAUUCCUGUAAACCUGCAACAACUCCAUAUAUUGCAUAUGCAGUUAAUACAGUCUGUCAGUUUAUUUCUUCGCCAACAAAAACACAUUUUGCAGCUGUCAAACGAAUAUUACGAUAUCUUCACGGUACAAUGCACAAUGGCAUUCUAUAUUCCUUAGACACGGUGCCUGAUCGUAAUGCAUUUUCAGACUCGGAUUGGGCAUCUGAUCUCAAUACUAAACGAUCAGUUACUGGCUAUGUUGUAUACUUGGGAAACAAUAUGAUAUCUUGGCAGUCAAAACGACAGAACUUAGUUUCCAAAAGUUCUACAGAAGCUGAGUAUAAAGCAUUAGCUCACACUGCAGCGGAUGUUGCCUAG